CCACGUAGAAACGAAUUAAGCGUGCCUUAAGCGCCCCUUUUGACAGUGGGGCAUUUCCCAACGGCGCUGCCGUCAUUGCAACGGUAGAUGUAGCUGCGGUAGAUGCCGCCCAUCCUAGACACUCCCUCAACUGAUACAUUCUUGGCAGGCGCUCCGUGACAUAUAAAAAGCACUUCGGGGCUGGUCAAGCUAACCCUCGCCUGAACCUCCGAAUACAGAGGUCAUACAUACAAGCGCCACAUCCCUUGAGAUGUCGUCAGCAAUCCUCGCCCUCCCGCGUACGAUCCCCAAAUCCCCCUCCGCAUCAAUCCUCCCACCACCCCAACCCCCCAAACGCCGAGAAAGCCGACGCCGCUCCAGCAUCAAGCCCAUGCAACGAAGCACAGGGAGCUAUGCAGGAUCAAAGACCGCCGAGGUCCCCAAGACCGGGAUGAUUGAUGAGUUUCUGGAAAAGGCAUUGGCGGAAGACACGUUGCUUUAUGUGCCGGAGAACUAUGUGCGCACGGGCGUGACGGUGUCGGAUAGGUGUUUGCAGACGCAGCCGGUGCCGGAGCCUGAGAAUUUUAGGGAUGUUGAGAAGACUUGUUUUUCGUUUCGGAAGGACUUGGAGACUAUUCAUCAGAUGCUGAAAGCCAAUCAGCUUCACAACGUCCAUAUCGCAACCAACAAAACUUUAGACACAGCCCGGCACCAUUUGGCGGAGAUGGAAGAGGCGUACAUAAAACUCAUGAAGGAAACACGGCGAACAUGUCGGGCGCAACUGAAGACCGCUCUGGCACGGAUUGUGAAGUCUCAAAUCGAAUACAACGCAACUGUGCAAAGAGACUUGGAGCGAACAUUUGAGCCCGAGCUUCGCCAAUUGGAAGAUAUAGAGAGGAAGGCGGAAGACGAGAUGCGGGAUCUCAUAAACGAGGAGGAGCAGCUGGGAUACCAGUAUACGAGGAUCACGCUCGGGUUGUUGAACAAAGGGAUUCUGGGCGAUAAGGAGCGUGCGCUCGUGGGACACAUGUCGGACAGAAACGCCGACCUAGUAACCCGCUACCAACAGCACCUCUCCGAACUCGACGACCGGAUCUUCAACCUCCGCGGGCAACUCGCCGAACUCGAUGAGACCGACGACGUGCGCGUAGGCGACGGGGUCCGGCGGCCCAACACGCAACAGGACCGGUACGGCCUCACCGCGUCCGACUCCACCGCCGUCCGCAAGCGGCAAAUGUCAAUUGAAAGCGACGCGUCCGCCAACCAGAGUAGAUUCACGGCGAACUUGGUGAGCAAACGGCCGUCGAUUGCCGUGUCGAGGAGGGAGAGUGUCGUGAGCGGGUCACGGCCGUUGAGCUCGAUGCAGUUUCAGCAGCCUGCCAGUUCGGAGAUGUCUAGGAAGGGGUCGUUUGUGACGUGGGGAGGGGGACAAGCGCCGAUGCCGCCGAUGGGAACGAUACAGCCGGGGUCGUUGCAAGCACAGACGAGGCCUCAGUCCAGUAAACGGCCGAUGCCGCUGGGGACGCAUCCGCGGCCGAGCUAUAUGAGUGACUUUAGCGCACCGUCUGAGCGUCCGUCGCGGCUGUUUUCGGCUCGUGAUGACCGGCGGGAGGAGGAGGGCGAGGAGGUGAAUGGGGAGACGCUGGAUGCGGGUGAACAGGCGCUUUACGAAAACCAUGUCGCAAACUGCGCGGGUAGACUUGAAGAUCUAGAAGCUGCCCACGAGGAUGAGAUCGCCGCUCUCACGUCGUCUCGGAAUGAGAUGCUGGAAGACUUCAAGCGGCGCGUGAUGGCGAUUGAAACGUUUCAUGAUCAGGCACGGUUGUCGGCGGUGGUACAGCGUCAAGUGCAGGUGCUUAAACUAGCGCUGAAACACAAGCAGCGACGGCCACCGGUUGAUAAGAAUCACACUGUGUACAUUGGAGGAUUAACGUAUGAGAUGCUGCUGGUCGAGCAGCAGAGAGAAAGGGAAGCUGAGGAAAAGCGACAGAGACAGGAGGAGGAGGAGCGCAGGAUCCGGGAGGAGGAAGAGGAGAGAGAGCGGUUGGAGCAAGUGAGGAGGGCGGAGAUUGAAGCUGAGGCGGCGAGAGUGUUGGCCCAGGAACGUGCAUUGGCGCAAGCCGCAGAAGCAAUGAACGCCCAUUCGCAAGCCUCGAACACCGCAAUCAACGAAAGCACCACGGGCCGGGCCACUCCAUCUUCCCAAACCACCCGUCAUAGUCGUACUCAGUUGCUGAGCGCAAAAGAGCACCAGGCACAACAUCCGCGCCGCCGCGGUCGUGUUCGACAUGGUUUGACGUUCGAACCUACGCUCUUGUCGACGAAUCAUGAGGAUGAGGAAGGGGACUACCAAGGACGACACUCUCCGGUGAACGAUGACGUACAGCUGAUCGGGUCUCACAUGGAACCUCUUUCAAUGCGAAAGAAACCCUUAGCUGCUGCACACCGAACGGAACUUGCUGCACCGAAACUUUCAUCACGACAACCCUCGGUAAGGAUAAAGAAGGUGGCGGUGACAGUCAUCCCUACAGCCAACGACGAUAAGCCGAACAAACAUACAAAUACCUCCGUUGAGCGAUGGGAGCAGUCUUACGCGCAUGUUGCACCGCCGCAACCUAAUGCAGACCCGCAUGCGGCCGACGCUCUUGAGCCGAACGUACGGUACGUUCAUAUGCACGAUCCCAAGGACGCAGGAAGCGGCGCAGACCAGGACCCGCACGAGACAGGUGCCCCAUCGCAGAGCCUGAGCGAGAUGCAGUGUGGGAGCUUAUCAGAUUCUGGGAUACCCACGACAGUUCCCGCACAGAUGGGUCCAUCCCCGUCAUCACCUCUGCCAACCGCAGCCGACGGCGAGGAGUCCGUGAUAGGUAUCACGCUGCAGCAGAAACCUGACGCUCUAGUGCAAGCCCUACCGCGACCGACAUACCGCGACGCCGCAGUACAAAAGUACUACAAGCUGCUGGAUCCUCGUCUCCGAGAAAGCCUGUCCAGUCAACUCAGCAGCACGUCCCUGCGAAGCCAGAAGUCCGCUACCUCUCUGCAGAAUCCCGACCUUUCCCGCCUUCCCUCUGCAUCGGUAUUGCGUCCAUUGGAGUCGCCACCGCGCACGCCACCCGCUCGCAUUUGGUCUUCUCAUGGUCCGUUGGCGCCGCUGACGAGGGCGGAGGAGGCACUGUUGCAGGCUAUGAGCAUACGACCGUGGAGUGCGCCGGAAGAGGAGUUGAUGGCCUCGAUAGGAGAGGCCGCGGGUUCGAAGAGAGUGCGUCGUCGCUAGGAAUUAGAUUGACAUAGAGGUAGACCUUUGUUCGGAGAUAGCGGCUCUAUAGUUCUAUUCUACGGGAGU